AUGUCUACCUUACAGCCUGAUGAUGAAGGCCCUCUGUGGCGCCGGUUUAAUCCUUUGGUGAACCCGGUCAACUCAAGGCCUGUGAUUGUGGAAGAUUAUCCUCCUGAUGCAGGCCCCCUCUUUCUCGCCCGUCCGCUGCUGGGCGCCCUCGUCUUAGAGAACAGCGCCUCAGACGCGCGCGAUCACCUGGCUAACGAGAGGACCUUUCUGUCCUGGCUGCGUCUGGCUAUCUAUCUGGCCAUCGUGUCAUCUGCUAUCGUCAUAUCAUUCCAUCUCCGCACGGCGCCCACAGAAACUGAGCGCCGUAUUGCAUUGCCGCUAGGCAUCGUCCUCUGGUGCAUGAGUCUGGCCUGUCUCGUCAGCGGGUUUUCCAUCUAUGUCAAGACCGUCACCAUGUACAGUCGGAAGGCGGCGCUUGUGCAAAGCGGGUGGAAGACUCAGGUGGUCUAUACCAUCAUCGCGAUAGUCAUCAUUGGGAGUUGCAUCUUGUUCUUGAGUACGAAUAGGCGUUCUUUCUGUACUGCGAAGAUUCCGGGAGCUGUGGACUUUCAGUCGCAAAUCCGCCACAUCACCGACGUCGCAGGGCAUCAUGGCCGCCGUGCCGGAUACAUAGAAGUUCACCAGGACCCGGUCCCGGUCAAGCUCUCCUGUGGUAUCCAGACUGCUGACACGUUGGUCAUGGUGCAGCUGCUGGCCGCCGGGUUUGAGCAGGAACGCCAUGGGUUCGGUGUAGGUCAGGGUUCCAAGGAGAUACUUCCGGAUGAGUCCUUGCAAUUCUCCAUCCUGCAGCACUGGCAGCAGCAUGUUGGAGGAGUUUGGAGUGCACAGUUCCAGCAAAUGUGGCAUUCUUAUGGCGCCAGAUGUGAGAAUGACCUCAGAAGCGGCAGAUACUGUCUGCUGCACACCAUCCUUCGCUGUGAACCGGACGCUAAUAACCAGGACUUCACAAUCUUCAGCCUUAUUCAGGAGGAUCCUUUCCACAAACGCUUCAGUGAUGACACACAGGUUGGGACGCUUCGCAACCUUGCGGUCGUAUUGGAGUUGGAUCAAUGUCAACGGUCUGUUGACAUUGAUCUUUCAGAACAGCAGAGCCAUAUUCCAGGUAUCAGAUUCUAUGUACAGUCCACAACAAGCAAACAUUUUGCUGACAGAACUUUAAAUCUCUUGACAAAAAAAAGCAAGAAAAGAAAAGAAAAGAACAGCCCCAAGUAUUUCCUAGUAGACUAUGGGUUUGCGCAAAAAUUCGUACUUUUCUAUGGAGUGGAGAGUGAGAAGAAGAGUAGUGAGGUGACAAGAGGAGGGACGGAAGAUGAUCGAUCUAUUAUUCUGACUAAGAACUAUAUAGAAGUACUUCUAACUAACAGUACUGAAAAAGGAUAG